GGGUGGAGAGAGAGCGAGCCAAAGCCGCAGCAGUUAACACGCAGCACCGAAGGGUCGUGAACGCUUACCGAAACGCACCGAUAUUGCAGCUGCUAAGCAAGAGGAGCUUUUUUUUUUUUUUCCGCGUUGGGAGCGGACGACAGCAGCCGAAGGAGGAAAGGGGAGAAGCCUUCAUCCCCGCGUCAAAGGUGGAAAAGCCGAGCGUGCGGCCACGAGGACAAAAGAGCUCAUCUGCGCCAACUUCUCAUCUGCUUGACGACUCAAACCAGGACAUGUGAGAUGACCCAAGGCUCCAGUUGUCCGAUUUCCCGCUAAACGUCCCCGAAAGGAGCUCUUGUUUUUUUUUUUUCCACAUCCAACGAUGGGCUCGGAGAAGGAUUCGGAGUCGCCGCACUCCUCGCUGAGCGGCGUCCCCAACCCAAAGUGCCGGGCGGCCGGUAAACGUAGACGCCGCAUCUCCUUCCAGAGCCUCUUCAACGGCAAGCGGGGCUCCCGGGUGGCCAAGGGGCCCAAAGGAGGGGCCGCCACGCCCCUCUCCCACCUGCCGCUCGCUCAGCAGCAGCUUCUACCGCCUAGCGCCUUGAGCCCGACCGUCCCGGCGCCACCCGUGGCCGCCGACGCCCCUGAGGACGCCGCCCCCGGGACCCCCUCCAGGCGACUCUCCUCCAGCCGGGCCUCCUUGGCCGGCGAGGCUGUCUCGGGGGACGGCGAGCUCCUGGAGUGCCCCCUGUGCCUGGUGCGCCAGCCAGCCGAGCAGCUGCCCGAGCUGCUGGGCUGCAGCCACCGCUCGUGCCUGUGCUGCCUGCGUCAGUACCUGCGCAUCGAGAUCACCGAGAGCCGCGUACAGCUCAGCUGCCCCGAGUGCGCCGAGCGCCUGGUGCCCCGGCAGGUGGCCGACAUCCUGGACGACGCCGCCCUGCUGGACAAGUACGAGGAGUUCCUGCUGCGCCGAUGCCUCGCCUCCGACCCUGACUGCAGGUGGUGCCCGGCGCCCGAUUGCGGGUUCGCCGUGAUCGCCUCAGGCUGCGCCAGCUGCCCCCGGCUGGUGUGCCGGCGUGAGGGCUGCGGCGCCGAGUUCUGCUACCACUGCAAGCAGGCCUGGCACCCCAAUCAGACCUGCGACUCAGCCCGCCAGCAGAGGGCGCAGUCGCUGCAUACACACAGCACCCAUUCGCCAAGCUACACUCAAGAGCAGGGGCCAGCGGACGACAUCAAGCCGUGCCCGCGCUGCGGCGCCUAUAUCAUCAAGAUGAACGACGGCAGCUGCAAUCACAUGACGUGUGCUGUGUGCGGGUGUGAGUUCUGCUGGCUCUGUAUGAAGGAGAUCUCGGACCUGCACUACCUCAGCCCGUCCGGCUGCACCUUCUGGGGCAAGAAGCCGUGGAGCAGGAAGAAGAAAAUUCUGUGGCAGCUGGGCACGCUCAUCGGCGCCCCCGUUGGCAUCACGCUCAUCGCCGGCAUCGCCAUCCCCGCCAUGGUCAUCGGCAUCCCCGUUUACGUCGGCCGCAAGAUUCACGCUCACUACGAGGUGAAGAAGACGUCCCGCCACCGCCGCAACUUGGCCAUCACGGGCGGCGUGGCCUUGUCCAUCCUCACCGCGCCCGUCAUCGCCGCCGUCAGUGUGGGCAUCGGCGUGCCCAUCAUGCUGGCGUACGUUUACGGCGUGGUGCCCAUCUCGCUGUGCCGAGGAGGCGGCUGCGGCGUGAGCAGAGGGAAGGGCCGGGGAGUGCGCAUCGACUUUGACGAGGACGACGGGCCCAUCACAGUGGCGGACGCGUGGCGAGCUCUCAAGUCGCCAAGCUUGGGGGAGAGCAGCCUGGAUGGCGCGGUGAGCGGUUUGAGCACCACCACCCCCAGCGAGGGCCUCUCGAUGGCGCCGGGGACGGUCGGGGACACGCCCCACUUCAACACGCUGGCCGGGGGUGCCCUGGGGGCUCGCGGCGGCAAAUACAGCAGGCUGGAGGUGCAGGCGGCGGAGCUGGCCAAGGAGUCCACCCAGAAGGAGACGGGCAGCUUGGGGGCGGCCAGCGACUGUGCCAGUACGCGCGGAAUGGCCGGCUCCAUCAUCUCCUCCUACACGCUACCGGACAGGGAGUGCACCAACUUGGAAAUCCAAGUGGACAUCGAGACCAAACCCAGCCAUCUCUGCCUGACAAGCGAGGAGGACCUAGCUCCGGCCACCGCCGCCUGCGCCGCCACGGCGAGCGUUUCGGGAGGGGAGGAGCCCCUGGACUGCAGCUCCAGACGAGGCGGCGCCUCGGGCCUGUCGCCGGGCGGAUCAGUGCGAGACGAGGAGGACGGUCUCGGCGAUGUCACGCUCGCUCAGCCCGAAAGCAUCCGCAGCGACCUGGAGAUGUCCGACACGCAGUCGGACGACGUGGCCGAGCUGACGUCGGACGACUGCGACUCGCCCCGGCCUAGGGGAGCACCGACCUCGCGGGCCGCCUCGUGCCGGGCCCUGAGCACCCCCACCGAAGGCCUUCACUGUCCCGCCGACGCCAACGUCGUCCUGUACGUGUGAGAUGCCCGAAGCUUUGGGAAGCCCUUUGAGCAUUUAUUCCACAUCCUUGAGGGUCUCCACUUGGUCUUCACCGUUGCGACAAUUUGGCAGACCGGCUGAAUCUCAUGCGUAUCAAAUAAACGCUCCAACGUCUUUCCAUUGACAGCAGCUCUCAGGAACGCACAAAAAAAACAUUCAACUUCCCCUUCAUGCUCACCCCACCCUCCUUCCUCGUUUUAUUUGAUUUUUAUACUUUGCUGCUUUUUGCCUCCCGCAGACGCCGCCCUUUGCGUCCGGCUGACAAUCUCUUCAUUGUCAGAGUUCUACCUCUGAGAUUUAUACAAGCGUGUUUACUGCCUGGUGUGAAAUGCCUUGGCGACUACUUAAGGAAAGAAAAAAAAAAAACAUACAGGAGGUACAAGUUUUACACACAAGCAAGCGAAACCUGGCACACAGCCCGGCGGGAGUCGACAAAUCUCACACGUGUAACACAAGUGUGUGUGAAAGUCAGUCUCAUCGUGUGAAAAUUACAGAAGGGCCACAUACAUAUUUUAGGCGCCGGUAGACAAUACAACGGCGGCUUGAGAUAUGUUGAUCUUUUUUUUGUUUUGAAGUAAAAGCACUCAUGUCUCAAGGCUGCCCUGUAUUUGUUUGGUUUCCAUUAACAACAACAUUGCGUUUGAGGACACGCCAGAAGUUGUCAAGUGCGUGCGUGUAUCUAACUGGUUCGCACAUUGUCUGUUUUUAUUUUGAAUGCGCACUUUUGCACUUUACCCAAAUUUAUCUUUGGGAGCUACUCAUCAUCGUCUCGAUCAUCAAAAUCAAUUUUGUAUUUUUAGGAGACAUAAUAAUUUCCGUCCACGCACGCAAUUCAAAACAGUUGUCUUAUCACUGCUGUAAUAGAACACAAUUUAUUAGCCACAUUUAAAAAAAAAAAACAAUUUCACUCAUGGAGUCAGCAUUUCAUACACUUUACUGUGUUGCAUACAACCAAACUGAAGAUCACACCGGGAUGCCUUUUGUGUUCGAUUUGACUCAAGUGUUAGCCUCCAAAAUCUUUCUUUUCAUCCAUUUUGUGAUUUUGUGUCUUCUUUUAUUCUGUGUGCUUUAAUUUGUGAUUUUGGAGGUACACACCAGUUGGUCGUCUUAAUCAUUCUCACUGACCUGAAUUGUUUCUCAGCUUUGUGCUUGCUUAUGAAGAAAGAAAAAAAAAACGCUUCUUCGAGUCUGCGUGGAAUGUUCCUCAUGUCUGAGUAGCUUCUUUUUGCCUUCAGCUGCUUGUUUCAUUUGCUGCACUUUUCACUCGUUUUCUGCAAGCCGGAGACAAACCACUCGAAUGUAUCACGGGCCCGCACCUGAACCUGACCGACCUGAGGGUCGAUUGGAGAUCUUUGGAUAAAACCAAUAUUGAUUUAGCAAUAUUUUAGUGUAUAAACUGCUCGUGUACUUCCUGUCACUGUAAGAAAAUCUCACCCUGACGUGAGGAUGCAAUUGCAGGACUGUGAAUGACUUUUUUUGUGGGGAAAAAAUAAACAAUCUGAUGUUUAAAA